AUGCCACCUCAAGCGAUAGUGGCGCGGCUUCCUCCUGAACUCCUGCUUCGAAUCUUCCUUAUGAUUCAUCAAGAGUAUCACUGGGACCCGUUCGAGAAGGCACCUCCGUGUAGUGCAGUCUCCCAUGUGUGCAGGCAGUGGCGAGCGGUAGCACUGGGGACAAGUCAACUCUGGACACGCAUACCGCUUCACUCUGCAUCCUGGACAUACCAAUGCUUGGCGCGAUCUCGGGACAACUACGUCGAGGCAGUUACAAAGUUUCUCGCUUACGACGACGAAGCGGCGCGCCAACUUCUCAUGCUCGUUUGCUCCGAGCUGCAUCGAAUCUCGAAGCUGCUGAUCAGCACUUCAACCAGCUAUGACGACUGCGAGAAGCUACUCGAUGAAUUGUAUACUGCUCUGUCUUCGAAGCCCGCGCCCAAGUUGCGGGAGCUGGAGAUCAGUAUAUCCGACGACAUUGACUUUGAUAGGCCACUUGUCAUCUUACCGAACGGCAUGUUCGCAUCGCAAAAGCUGCUGUCCCUCGACAAGCUUGCUGUUGAAUCAUGCGAAGUAACGCUAUCAUGGUCGAAAUCCCUCAUUGCGCCCUCCCUGCGUUGCCUCCAGUUGGUUGAUGGAUUGGCCUGGAGAACUGUCGACGAGAUGGUGCAAUUCUUUGAGCUUGUCCCCAAUCUGGAAGAGCUGUCAAUCGACACCAUCAAUCCUCGCAUAUGCUGCUUCGUCACCGGCGUCCCGCCAAACCACCCCCGGGACAGCGUAUCUCUUACCAAGCUCCGCGAUCUCCAUAUCACGACGCGCUACGUCGAACUCUUCACAAUCUUCGCCCAUCUAUUGUUCCCUCUCGGGACCGACAUCUACAUCAGUCUCUCUGAAUGUGACACCGAUUUGGACGGCGAUGCCGAAGAGUUGGAGAUUUUGAACACCAUCAACCUCGGUCGACGUGCAUUCCGACAGCACUUUGCCCCUGCUGUCGAUGCAGGGAUCGGACAUCCUCAGCUGCGCAUCACAUCACACGGACUGUAUUGUCCGUGCGAAUUUCCUGGCUGUCCGCAUUGCGACUCUUCGCGUCCACCGCCAGACGAUAACGACACGAGCCAGGCUAUGACCAGGAGGCUCACCAGUCGUAUGACCCUGCCAUUCUGCAUACCGAAGAGCGCACCCCACCUCAUCCGCUCUUCUUACGCCAUGAUACUCGAACAACCCGUCUUUCAAGGGACUACGUCGGUUUGUAUCGCGGGUAUACUACCGCCUGAAGCAUGGUCAUGCUUGAAUAUCUGGACCUCUGUCGAAGAGCUGCAUAUCACGAGAUUAGCCAAGCACGCACUGGCGGGGUUUGUCGCUGCGAUGCACCGUCAACACUUUCGCCUUUUCCCCGCUCUACGCCGUCUACAGAUUGUAAACGCGACUAUUGUCGAGCCUGAUGGGUCCUCAGACAGAUCUGAAGCUGCUGCGUACGAGCCUGUUUGGGGCGAAGGCCUUCGGGGAACAAACGCGGGCUCGUUCUUGGCUGCUAUCAGGGUGCUCUCAACGCACGAGCACUUCGAGCACUUGACGCUUACGCAGUGCGCCAUGUCGACACGCGUACUGCAAUCGACAAGGGACAUUCUUGGAGAGGGACGGGUGGAAGCAGAUGUGGAGACGCCUGAGGAACGGUGUAAGUGGCGAGAAGAGAGGGAAAAUGAGUAUGACCUGGAUCGGCCAGAGACUUGGCAUUGGCGCCCGUUGCCGGAUACAGAUUAG